AUGUUGCACUUGGUAGGCCUGGGUCUUGCAGAUGAGACCGACAUCACAGUCCGCGGACUGGAGAUUGUCAAGAAGGCCGAGCGAGUCUACCUCGAAGCAUACACCAGUAUUCUGCUGGUCGACAAGGCCAAGCUCGAAGCGUUCUAUGGCCGCCCAGUGAUUGAGGCCGACCGUGAACUGGUAGAGAGCGGCAGCGAUGACAUCUUGGCCGGCGCAGACCAAAAGGAUGUGGUAUUCCUAGUGGUCGGCGAUCCAUUCGGAGCAACAACACACACCGACCUCGUCCUCCGCGCCCGCGAACUAGGUAUCGAAACCCGCGUCGUGCCCAACGCCUCCAUCAUGUCCGGCAUCGGCUGCACCGGCCUGCAGCUGUACAACUUCGGCCAAACCGUGAGCAUGGUUUUUUUCACCGAAACCUGGAAACCAUCCUCUUUCUACGACCGUGUCAAGGAGAACGUGCAGAUGGGCCUGCACACCCUGGUCUUGCUGGAUAUCAAGGUGAAGGAGCAGUCGCUCGAGAACCUCGCGCGUGGGCGGCGCAUCUUUGAGCCGCCGCGAUACAUGACUGUUGCGCAGUGCGCGGCGCAGAUGCUGGAGACGGAGGAGGAGCGCAAAGAGGGUGUGUACGGGCCGGACAGUCUGGCGGUCGGGGCGGCACGCGUGGGCGCGCCGGACCAGAAAAUGGUUGUUGGGACACUACAGGAAUUGUCGCAGGUGGAGAUGGGGGCACCGUUGCAUAGUCUUGUGCUGCUGGGGCGCCGGACGCACGAUCUGGAGAGGGACUAUAUUCGAACGUACGCGGUGGAUCAGGGGACGUUUGAUGCGAGCUAUCAGAAGGGGUAUGGGCAUAGUUUGUGA